AUGACUAAGUCAACUGAUCAAAUAAUAAACUCCACAGUUGAGUUUAAUAAUAUUAGAGCAUCGAACCUAAAAUGCAAUACUGUUAACGACGCUAAUAUUAAUCAAGCCGUGUUGACUGGUCAAAAUUUUACUCAUAUUAAAGGCCAUGUUAAAAUUGAGGCUAUUGAUGUGCUCAAUGACUUGGAAUUAAUUGGUAACAUAGGCCAAUCUUUUUUUCUUAAAGAAAACAAUCAUACAUUUGGUACCAAUGAAUCUGAUUUGAUUCAAAGAUACUUGGGAAAAGUUGUUAUUAAUGGUAGCCUAUAUGUGAAGGACUUUUCCGUUCUUCGGGACACAACUAUUUCUCUGAGAGGUAACGAAUAUACUAUAGAUAUACUAAACGAGUAUUGGACAAAAAACGAUAAUCAGGAAAUUCCGAUACACUUCGAAGCAACUAACGGGAUAUCAGUUACUCAUUUAUACACAAAAACAUUGAAUGAAAUACCAGUGGAAAUCUUUGCCUUAAAUACAAACAACUCAAAAAUUCAAGGCCCGUUAUUGUUUGAAAAUGUUACUGUUCAUGGAAAUGUAACAAUGAAUGAUAAUACUAGUAACAUAUUUGGCUUGAAAAAACUUGCAGAUGACGCUGUGAAAAAUGACGGAUCAAGUUAUAAAAUUAAAGGUAGAAAAAUAUUUAUGAAUAAACUACAAGUGAAAGAUUUGGAUGUGUCAGGAAAGGAUCAUAAUCCCGAGUUGCAUAGAGCACCACAAGAUUCAAAUAAAACUCUACUUAUAAUAGGAGAUCUGGUAUCAAAAACUGUUCAAACCACUACUAUAAACAGUAAUAAUAUUAGCAAUUAUGUUGACAAAUUAGUAUAUUUGGGAAAACCGCAAAAUCUGACAAAUAUGGAAUAUAAAAAUGUUAUAGUGAGAAACUUACACGUCACUACUAUUAAUGGCAAAAAUGUAACAGAAUAUUUAGAAAAAUUGCAAAAUAUUUUUAAAAACGGGAAGAUUAGAAUACUAAAUGUAAGCGGGAAUGUCACUUUGCACACGAUUAAGAAUUUGAGUCACAUAAAUGGUCAUGAAACUUUGCAUCUCCUUAAAGAGCAUGUUCCACCCAAUAAUGCUAAAGAUAAUCUUCGUAGAAAAGUAAAAUUCCAAGGAAAAGUGAAAAUAGGAAAUUUAGGGGCCGGAAGUAUUAAUAACAUUAACUUUCAAGACUUAAGUAAACGGUUAUUACAUAAAAAGUCUAAUCAAACAAUUGUGGGAAUUUAUAAAUUUACAAAUCUGAAAACUGAACAUCUGCACACUAAAAUCAUCAACGACAAAAACCUAGAACGUCUUAUUGAUAUAUCUUUGGAUACACCUCAACAAAUCCUGGCACCCAAUGAAGGCAUAAGUUUUAGUAAUAUCUUAUUAGUGAAGUCUGUGUUAGCUGACCAGAUGGUACCUUGUGAUAUAUAUAAAGCUGUGAAGAAAAUUAAGUAUCCUGGCAAUAAAGAAUGGCUUCAGGUGGAAAUAACUGGAAACGUUACUAUGCUUGAUCAGGACUCUGAUCUAAUUUACAUUAUGGAGAAAAGUGUUAAAUUGGACAAAGAAAAUACUAUUGAAGCUCCUGUGAUAAUAAAUUGGCAUGUCUCAGCGGAUCAAGUAAAUGCCAAGGAAAACGUGAACAAAGUUAAUAUAUCAGAACUGAUUGAAGAUGCCGUUCUUAACGAUUUGGAUAAAGAACAAGUUAUUACUGGACAUAAAAUAUUUGCGAACAUAAUAGAGGCAGAUCAUGCUAUUAUAAUGGAAAAUGCUGAUAUUCCUUUAGUGAAUAAUAUUGCAAUAUUUAAAUUAUAUGGUAAAAUUAUUCGAAAAGAUCAAGUGAACAAUAUGACGAUAAUGGGAAAAAAGACUUUCUAUAGAGGUUUGCAAACAAACAAGUUUUUGACCAAUAAAGUAGCAGGCAUGAAACCAGAGAACAUAGUGAGUUUGGCGAACCUUAAACAAAUCCCAAAAGUUUUAUUUGACACCAUAGAAGUCGUUGAAAACUUUAAUCUAAAAUAUGUAAAUAAUUACAAUUUCAACUACGUUUUAAAUAAUAGAAUACUUACCAAUUCAUCAGAGAAGCAAAUAACCAAUGCUGUUUAUUAUUUCAACGAUUUAGAGAUUCGUGAUAACAUUGCAUCAGCACGCAUCAAUAACGUAGAAAUAAGAGAUGUGGUAUUUGAUAUAAAAGAACAAAAAAUUAUAGCUCCUAAAAGGUUUCUGCAAAAUAUUGUUGUUUUUGGAAAUGCUACCAUCGGAAGUCUUAAUGGAAUUAAUUUGACCGAAGAAUAUAACAACGCCAUCUUACAUGGAAAAGAUGGGAUUAUAAAUGGAUCAGUGAGUAUUUCAAAAGCUGUAAAUAUAAGGGGAAAUUUAACUGUGCAGAUGAUUAGAGGACAUCCAAUUGAAAAAAUUCAACAAACUAUGAACCAAACAGUUAAUAAAGCAGAGGAAGAAUCAAUCUUCAAUAUCCAAGAGAAAUUGAAGUAUAUUGUAGAAGAUAAUUGGCCUGUUGUCAAUCAAAUGCCUAGCGAAUUUAUGUUCAUAGAAAAAUCCAGUAACGUACAAGAACCCAUUGGAGAUGUUGACGCUAGUGCAAGUAAUGUAAAAGAAUAUACUUUAAUUAAAAUCUUAGGCGAGGAGUCUCAUGAAAAAUGUGGUUUGCCAGAGGGUUGUAAAUGUCCUGUUCAACAAACUGUUGAAAUUACUUCACGUAUGUCUGUGAGCUAUUGGCGUAACAAACAACAACAAAGAAUUUACGACUAUAAUGAUAAUGGCCUUAUGAUUCACUUAUCUACUAACAGUACUAGUAUUGAUACAAAAUGCCGAACCAAUCAAACAGAGGAUAAUAAAGAAAUAUCAAUAUUAGCAUGGAAUACCUCUUCCACAUGUAACACAAGCGGAUGUUUAAAUACCUACCCUUACUUUUUUACAGGGUAUAUUAGUGCUGUUGAGUUCUUUACAGUGAAUGAAAUCACAUAUGCGGUUAUAGCGCGAUAUUAUGAUCCUGUAAAAGACACACACGAUUUAGACUGUAUUCUUUUACGUUUUAGUGAAAAUAAGACUACAGUAAUGGAAAUUCAAAGAAUCCCUACUCAAGGAGCUUGGAUCAUGUAUUUGUUACACACAGCCCAGGGAGUGACAUUAGUAGUUGGAAAUCUGGCUAAAGACCCUCACACAGAAAUACAUAGGUUUGAUUUGAACACUGAAAAGUUUCAUGUUUUAAGAACGGUUUCUUAUGGCUGUACUCAAAUAGCAGGAGUCGUCCUUGGCAGUGAUAGCCUAAUUAUUCUAGCGAAUAAAGAGACACCACUUCAAGUUUUAAAAUAUAAUCAAGUUUUUAAUAAUUAUUAUUUUUACCAAAUGUUUGCUUUAGAUGAACCUGUAUUGGGAAUAUCAGUAUUUUACAUCGGAGAUUUUGGAAUCAGCGAAGCCUAUUUAUGCAUAGUGACUGAGGAUAACUAUCGUGUUUAUUCAUUCCAAUAUAUCGAUGGUUGGAAGCUCGAAUCGAGAGGCAUGAUACGGGGUUUGAGGAAGUUAGAACCAUUUGAGAUAGGUAAUCAACUGUAUCUGUUUGCUUCUACGGAUGGUGUUGGUUCAGUACUAAGCAUUGUCAAAAAUGGAAAAAAUAAUUACUAGCUUUUUGAGAGAUAUAUUAUUGUUAUAUUUUAUGUGUUGUUUUGAUAUUUUUAUUGUUGAAUAAAGAAAUACAGUCGGAAA